ACACGAAUUUUGCUGGAAGGGAGAAAAAAGUUACGAAAGCAAACAGAAUCACUGCCCCCUGACUGGAGCUGAAUGUUCCGAGCAAAUGAAGGUGUCAAAAUGACAAGCAGAGACAGCUAAAAAAAAAAAAGAAGGGAAACGAAGGAUGCACACACUUACACACACAUAGACAUACCCUGGAAUCCAAGCGGAGUGGGUAGGACGUGCGAUGGAUGGAUGUCCGCCCCCUUUUUGGAGCCGCCCCUUCCGCCUGUUGGCCCGGCUAACUGUGUAAAUGGCAAAGCGACAGCAGCAUUUGCUAACUUUGCUGCAGCAGCAACAAAGGCCAAAGCACAGCCCCAACAAAAACUACAUAAAUGUAUCUAUAUCUAUAUCUAUAUCUAUCUAAGCGAUGGCCGUGCAUUGUAUUGCAGUUACGUGCUCGAUGGUCCAGCAAAAUGGCGAGGCGAAAAAAAUCUCUGAAACAAAAUCAACAAAGAAACACCAAGAACAGCAUGGGUCUCGUCGUUGCAAAAGUCUAGUGUAUUCUACUUGUAUAAACAUUUAAGGAGCACUUCUUCUUAAAUGGCCAGAACAUAUGUAAAAAUCUGAUUAAUACUGAAUAGAAUUGCUGAAAAAAGUUUAAAAA